UGUAUUACAAGAAUGGUCAUAUGAACGACACAUAAACAUGACGAUGCGGCUGUCAGAAAUCUGAAUAAGCGCAUGCCUGUGCAAGCUGUGCAAGCUUUUAUCGCGAAUCGUGAGAUCAAGAGCGAGGUGUGGUUUUUGCGGUUACAUUUGCAGCCCACUGUCGAGGAGCAUUUCGUCAGUGUGAGCCGUUUAAAAUACUUCAAUUAAGAUGAACGGACGUCUUCCUGCAUGUGUUAUCGACGUGGGUACAGGGUACACUAAACUAGGCUUCGCUGGAAAUAAAGAACCCCAAUUAACUAUACCAUCUGCAAUAGCCAUUAAAGAAACAGCCAAAGUCGGUGAUAAUAAUGCUAGAAGAAUUACAAAAGGUGUUGAAGACUUAGAUACAUACAUUGGAGAUGAAGCAUUUGAAGCAACUGGUUAUUCCAUUAAGUAUCCAGUGAGACAUGGAUUGGUUGAAGAUUGGGAUUUAAUGGAAAAAUUUCUUCAACAAUGCAUAUUCAAAUAUUUAAGAGCAGAACCCGAAGAUCAUUAUUUCUUACUUACCGAACCACCUCUUAAUACACCUGAAAAUAGAGAAUAUACAGCAGAAAUUAUGUUUGAAUCAUUUAAUGUACCAGGUUUAUAUAUCGCUGUGCAAGCAGUAUUGGCUUUGGCAGCUUCUUGGACAUCUAAAAAUGUUGAGGAUAGAACAUUGACAGGCGUCGUCGUUGACAGUGGAGAUGGAGUUACACACGUGAUACCAGUGGCGGAAGGCUUUGUUAUAGGUAGUUGUAUAAAGCAUAUACCUAUUGCUGGUCGCGAUAUAACAUAUUUUAUACAAAGUCUUUUACGAGAACGUGAAAUUGGAAUACCUCCUGAACAAUCAUUAGAAACAGCUAAAGCUAUUAAAGAAAAAUAUUGUUACAUUUGUCCUGACAUUUCUAAAGAAUUUGCUAAAUACGAUAGCGAUCCUACUAAAAUAAAAAAAUACGAAGGUAUGAACAGUAUUACAAAACAGCCUUUCAUCGUAGAUGUCGGAUAUGAAAGAUUUUUAGGUCCAGAAAUAUUUUUCCAUCCUGAGUUUUCCAAUCCUGACUUUACAACACCACUUAGCGAAAUUGUUGAUGAUGUCAUACAAAAUUGUCCAAUAGAUGUCAGAAGACCAUUAUAUAGUAACAUUGUUUUGUCAGGAGGUUCUACCAUGUUUAAAGAUUUUGGAAGAAGAUUGCAACGUGAUAUUAAAAGAAUUGUUGACGCUCGUUUAAAACUUAGCGAAACAUUAAGUGGUAGCCAUAUUACGCCGAAACCUAUAGACGUGCAUGUAAUAUCACAUCAUAAACAACGUUGUGCAGUAUGGUACGGAGGUGCACUUUUAGCUAGUGACCCAGAAUUUUAUACAGUAUGUCAUACCAAAAAAGAUUACCAGGAGAAUGGGCCUGGUAUUUGUCGUUAUAAUCCAGUAUUCCAUAGUAUGGUAUAAAAAAUAAGAAGUUCACAAAAUUAGGUCUUGUGGAACAAUGAUGAACAUCAGUUGUCAUAUUUACAUUUGACGAUGUUAUUUGAGCCAUCUUAUUUCUUUCCUCUCCCCACUAUCUGCCUUCAAAGUUCUUGAUUGAAGAAAAGAAGUGGGUUCUUUAAUGGUGCAAUUAAUAACUAUAAAUGCCCAGUGCAUUUAGGGAACGCACAUAAAUGCAUACACCCUUCGUGCCCGAUAUUGAAGCACAUUAAAAUAAGCAAAUAAAACCUGCAUUUAAUAAUAAAAUUCUAGGAAAUGAUUAAAUUUAUAAUACGACUAGAGAAAUUAACAAUAAGAUUAUAUUACUGAACAAUUGUAUACAACUGUAAAUAAGUGCGUUGGAAAAUAAUAAUUUUUUUCUAA